CACAAAUAUAUUCCAUUCGUUCCACCAUGCUGAAAAAUCUGCGGCACCUUUUUCCGGCGAGAAAAUUCAAUUUCCUGGCUAGUUUGCAGCAAGAUUACUCAAUUGUGCAGUACCCUCAUCUCAGGAGGAGUCACACCGUUAAUAAGAAUAGCGAUGACACGGAACUGUGGAACAGUGAAUCCUUUGGAAAGUACCUGGAAGAGAUUCGGAAGGAAUUCGAUGAAGAGUGUCAGAAAAAGGAUUCGUCCAAUGCAUCCCGAUGGCGACACCUCUCCCAAAUGUGUGCCGUGAUAGAGCGCAGGGAAACACUACUGGAAAACUUGGAAACUCUGAGGAAAAUCGCCAGGGAUGAGAAAGAUGAAGAAUUCAAGGAAUUAGCGGAAGAAGAGGAAGCUGAACUGAAGGAGACACUUCGGGAAAUUCACAGUGAUCUCUUGGAGGCUAUUGUGGCAGGGAAUGAGGGUGAUGAUUAUAAAUCGUUCAUCCUGGAAGUGACUGCUGGCGUUGGAGGGAAGGAAGCGAUGCUCUUUGCCAGGGAUUUGUACACAAUGUACACGAAUUACUGCAAUUUCAGAGGCUGGUUUACGGAAGUUCUCGAGGAGGAUCAUAUGGAAAUUGGAGGAAUUAGGCAUGCUAGUCUCUGUAUCACCGGGCAAGAUGCUUUUCAAACACUAAAGCGCGAGGGGGGAGUACAUCGUGUUCAGAGAAUCCCUGUAACAGAAAAAUCCGGUCGGGUUCACACAAGCACCGUCACCGUGGCCAUAAUCCCUCGACCCGAUGACAUAUCCAUUGUCCUCAAUAGUAGUGAUUUGCGAAUUGAAACGAAACGCGCAACAGGAGCUGGUGGCCAGCACGUCAAUACGACUGACAGUGCCGUCCGGAUUACACAUCUCCCAACGGGAGUAUCCGUGGAAUGUCAGACGGAUAGGAGUCAGAUUAAGAAUCGCGAGCUGGCAAUGAAGAAGCUCCAGGCACGACUCUAUGAAGCAGAGAUUGAAGCCCAAAUUGCAUCAACUGUGAGCACGAGGAAGAGUCAAGUAGGCACAAGUAUGCGCAACGAAAAGAUCCGGACGUAUAAUUUUAACCAGGAUCGUGUGACGGAUCACAGAAUAGAGGACGGCACGGUGCACAAUCUCAAAGGUAUUCUGGAAGGUAGGGAAAUUCUUGAUGAUUUCAUUGGAAAUAUCAGGGUGAAAAGCAAAGAGAAGCAAGUAAAGGAAUUCCUGAGUAGCCUCAGAGAGAAUCCAAAAAAGUAAUAAAGUUUCUACUCUUUCUUAGGAAAUAAACAGAAUAAUUUCUUUAAAAAAAUACUUUAAUAUCCUUAAGAAG